UGUACUGAAGGAGCACGAAGAGCAGCUAUUGCAACGUCUACGUGGCCUAUGCGAUCCUGGGCAACAUUCGUUCAACGAACAUGAAAUGGUUUUCAGCCUCAAAACUGGCCAAGAUCCCGAUGUAACAGUUCGAUUGAGAAGAAAAUUCGGCGGUCCCGAUGCAAACAGUUUCCAGUGGCAUUUUCGCUAUAUGGGAGCAGCCGAGGCAGAUCCCCAAUGUCCGACCAUUGUUCGAAAAUCGAUCGAUUCGCUCAUUUAUUCGAGCAAUAUGAUGGAAUUUGUGAAAACGCUGGGAUUAAGGAUGGAUUACGAAUAUCUCACGAAAGGAUAUUUAUUUACAAAAGGAAACAUC